GAGAUUAUCGCAGGAACAUCUGAUGCGCAGCAUCAUAGUUCGUCCAGAAAUACUUUCAUCACGUUGCAUCCACGCAACUAUCCGAUAGCCACCGGGUGGAGACAACAAUGUGAGAGGUCCGACACAAAGCCCGAUACAAAGACGGCUAACAUCGUUGCUGAUCGGACAACCUUGGGUACCAGUGCAUGGGAUGCUCAACUGAAGAGGCUUGCUACUUUUGGAUCAUUUCAACACAAUAUUCUCAAUCCCUUUCAGGCUCCAAAAACAACUUUUUAGAGUAGUGCAGGAUGGAAUUAUUAUUUUUUGUUGAGUUCGUCUCAGUUUUUCAUUGUCGACCAAUGCACCACAUUAAGUUUGAAUGAUAGGAAGCUAAAGAAAAUAACUUGACUGGAAGGCCCAGUUGCUGUAACAUAUUUCUAAAGCUGAGAGAGGCAGUAGCAAGAUGAUGUCCUCUACAGCCAUGGAUUCACUGGCCAGUUGGAGGAGGAGUCUGGUCCCUCAGACGUCUUAAUGAAGGCCGUGUUCUGGCUGAGAACUGAGACCAAGGUCCUAAAAGGCUAACAAGUGAGGCACUGUCCUCUCCUGCUGUUGACUUGCCUUUAUAUUCUGUGUAGUAGGAUCCCCACACUUCCCCCUAAAGCCUCAAGAUGGGCCUGUUCUUAGACUUCAACCCCUUUGAUAACCUGCUGUGCAUUCUCCUGGGCAUCUCCUUCACGGUGUGGUUCACCCUACUGCUGGUCUUCAUCAUCGUGCCUGCCAUCUUUGGAGUGUCCUUUGGCAUUCGACAGCUCUACAUGAAAACACUACUGAAGAUCUUUGAGUGGGCCACACAUAGGAUUGAAAGAGGAGCCAAGGACAACAACCAUCUCUUGUACAAGCCUUACUCUAAUGCCAUCAUCGCCAAGGAGCCCACCUCCCUGGAGGAGGAGAUAAAGGAGAUCCGGCGCAGUGGCAGUAACCGGGACCUGGACCAUGCCUCCGAGUUUGAGAUGUCCGACAUCUUCUACUUCUGCCGGCAAGGAGUUGAGAGCAUCAUGGACGACGAGGUGACCAAGAGGUUUUCUGCUGAGGAGCUGGAGUCAUGGAACCUUCUGACCCGUAGCAACUACAACUUCCAGCACAUCAGUCUGAGGCUGACUGUCCUGUGGGGGCUGGGGGUGGUGAUCCGCUACGGCUUCCUUCUGCCUCUCAGGGUAACUCUUGCCUUCACCGGGGUGGGUCUUCUGGUCGUACUCACCUCCAUCAUCGGGUUUCUUCCAAAUGGGAGGAUGAAGAACUUCCUCAGUGAGCAGGUGCAUCUGAUGUGUUACCGGAUCUGUGUAAGAGCUCUCACUGCCAUCAUCACCUACCACGACAGUGAAAACAAGCCCAAGAAUGGAGGGAUCUGUGUGGCCAACCACACCUCACCCAUUGAUGUCAUCAUCCUGGCAAGCGAUGGCUGCUAUGCAAUGGUUGGGCAAAUCCACGGUGGUUUGAUGGGCGUGAUCCAGAAGUCUAUGGUGAAAGCCUGCCCACAUAUUUGGUUUGAACGCUCUGAAGUCAAAGACCGACAUCUAGUGGCCAAAAGAUUGAGUGAUCAUGUAGAAGACAAAACUAAACUGCCUAUUCUCAUUUUCCCUGAAGGCACCUGCAUCAACAACACUUCAGUAAUGAUGUUCAAAAAGGGCAGCUUUGAGAUUGGCUCCACAGUCUACCCUGUGGCCAUCAAGUACGACCCCCGCUUUGGAGAUGCCUUCUGGAACAGCAGCCAGUUUGGGAUGGUCAACUACCUGCUGAGGAUGAUGAGCAGCUGGGCCAUUGUGUGCAGCGUGUGGUACCUGCCACCCAUGACCAGAGAGGAAGGAGAGGAUGCAGUCCAGUUUGCCAAUCGGGUUAAAGCAGCUAUCGCCAGGCAAGGAGGGCUGGUGGACUUGCUAUGGGAUGGAGGUUUAAAGCGAGGGAAGGUAAAAGACACCUUCAAAGAGGAGCAACAAAAGUUAUACAGCAAAAUGCUAGUGGGAACCCAAGAGGACCGCAGUCGUUCUUGAAGACAAAUGCAAGGAGUUUAAGAUGAUCAAGACCCACUUGGGGACCACCGAAUGGACAGUAAAGGUGUUUUUGACUUGGAAUACUCCCACCCUCAUGUCAGGAAUAUUUCACUUGGCUUUCUCGGUCACUGCCUCAGCUUGGCAUUUCAAGUUCUCAUUGCUGUUACAGCCCAUUCUGGGCCUUGUCUCUGUUUCUAAUGAACUGGCCUCUACUGUACCAGUGUGUCAUGAAACUGCUCACUAAGAUGGUUUGUUGUCUUCCCUGAUGGUGACAAAACUGUCUUUUGAGUGACUAUUGUAUGUAUGUCCUUCAUUGAGUUAAUGUAUAUGUCUUGUUCUUAUCAUUUCUCUUUUUUAGUUUUAUUAUUGUUAAUAGUAAUAAUGACAGUUAUUAUCAUAAUUGUUCUUUAAGUUACAAGAGAUAUGUGUGGAGAUGUACUGUAGCAAUGCAACAUAGAGAAGUACUGUCAAGUUUGUACUGAAGGGGAAAACUGUGACCAUGUUGGGAAAUGCAUGAAUGGCUUGUUCCCAACACGACCAAGAUGGUGAGGUGCCACGUAAAUAUGUUUCUAAUACUUUUUUAUUGUUUGUUUUUUUAGAUGAAAAAAGCCUUUUGUUUUAAAGGUCCAAUGCAGCUGUUUUAAUCUCAAUAUCAAAUCAUUUCUGGGUAGCAAUUAAGUACCUUACUGUGAUUGUUUUCAAUUAAAAUGGUCAAAAAGAAACCAGGAAAGCUUCUUAGCAAAGAGCAAUUCCUCAAGCAAGAAUUUUGCUAGGACUGCCUGGGAGUGGUGAGUGAAAAACAGAAAACUGCCUGUUAUUGGCAGAGAGGGCUAGAACUCUUAUUUAUUGGUCUAUUAAUUGAUUUACCUCCUAGUGAUGUCACCAGGCAGGCCAAGACUCCAUCCUACCAACAUUUCAGGCGGUCUUUUGAAACAGCUUACACUAAAAGGGCAUUAUUAUCAUUGUCACAAUUUCACAGUAUUAUUCCCACCUCAUAAUGUGGAAAUAGAUAUAGAACACAGGAAAAUCACAUUUGACUGCACUGGGCCUUUAAGCGUUGUAUUCAUGUGUAAAAUAUGGGAGUUGUGUUAAAGUGGAGCUUGUUUUUGUUUUCUUUGUUUCUGUUGUGAAGAAUAUACAUUCUCAGUGACUGGUGGGGGUUGUUGAAAUGUAGUAGAUACUCAACUUUUGUCACAUCUAAACUAGCCUACUUUAUCUCAAUUAACACUUACUUCUGCCUCCCACCCUUAUCUACCGUGAAGCUACUUUCUGAGCUAUGUAAAGACUGAGGCCUCUGCCAUCGACACCUCGCGAUAGCUGUGGUUUAAGCAGCAUUGUGUGCUUUUAAUUUGUUUACUUACUAAUUAUUUGUUAUAACAUGGUUAAAACGUAAUAUCAUACCGGGCCAUGGAUGUGAAAAGUAUGCCUUGUUCCCUAGCUGCUCUAUUAAUACUUCCAUGAAGGCUUCUCAUCAUCUACUGUGGGAAUUCUCAUGCCAAAUGCACUCCAGAAAGUGAGGGGGCCUGAAGGAGAAAAUGAAAGUACAGCUGCAGAGUUAAACUGAUUCCCUGCGCGGCUGCAGUGCAAGCCUAGUGGAAAUCCCUGGCCAUCGCCUUCCUCAAACUCCUGUUUGGUUCUCCCAUCCCUUUAUACAUUGCUGUACCAAGGGUAUAGACGUUUAAAAUCUGUCCAAUGUUGACCAAUAAAAGUCCAAGGAUGAAGAUAUCAAA